AUGAAGCCUAACAGCAGCAGCAGCAGCAGCCAGGUCAUCCGCAGAGCUGCAUCCACCACCGGCCUGCUCUUCGUCCUGCUGCUCGUCGUCUUCACCGCGUCCAAUUACUCCUCGCUCAACACCGACCGGCUCCUCGACGUGCCGCCGAACGCCGCGUCUCACGCGAAGACGGCGACAUCGUCGUCCUCCCUCGAGGGGAGCGCGGCGUGCGACGUCGCGAAGGGCGAGUGGGUGCCCGACCCCGCCGCGCCCUCCUACACCAACGCGACGUGCCCGUUCAUCGACAGCCGCCAGGACUGCAUGAAGUACGGCAAAGCCCGGGCUCGAUUCCAUCCUCCGGUGGCGGUGGCAGCCGCACGGCUGCGACCUGCCCCGCUUCGACCCGGCCGCCUUCCUCCGCCUCGUGCGCCACAAGUCCAUGGUCUUCGUCGGCGACUCCGUCGCACGAAACCACAUGCAGUCGCUCAUGUGCCUCCUCUCCAAGGUACACACAUAUACUUUUGUUCAGCUAGCGCACGUAUCACCGGGCAUUGCAAUGCAACGUUUAGAUCGGUUUCCGCGCGCAUGCAGGUGGAGUACCCGCAGGAGAUUCAGCCCAAGGACUGCAUCCACUGCACGCGCACCUACCACUACCGCGAGCACAACUUCACGGUGACCGUGUUCUGGACGCCGUUCCUGGUGCGCUGGAACCUGACGCGCGCGGGGACGCAGCAGUUCAUGGACCCGCACAACGUGUACCUCGACGAGGCCGACCCGGAGUGGGCGCGCGCCGUCGCGGGCUACGACUACGUCGUCCUCAACGGCGCCAAGUGGUUCACCCGCCCCGUGGUGCUCCACGAGCGCGGCCGCGUCCUGGGCUGCAGCGACUGUGGCGACCCCAACGCCACGUACGUGCCGCCGCACCGCGCCGUGCGCGCGUCGUUCCGGACCGCGCUCCGCGCGCUGCGGGAAGAGGUCCCGGGGUUCCGCGGCAAGGUGGUCGUCCGGACCGUGGCACCGCCGCACUACGAGAACGGCAAGUGGUACGACGGCGGGAACUGCCUCCGGACUCGGCCCACGCGGAGCGGCGAGACGGGCCUCCCGGAGACGCAGGCCGCGUUCCACGCCGCGCAGGUGGAGGAGUUCCACGCCGCGGCGAGCGCGGCGGCGCCAGGACGGUUCGCGCUGCUGGACGUCAGCGAGAUGAUGCAGAUGAGGGGCGACGGGCACCCCGGGCAGUACGGGCACUGGCCGCACGAGAAGGUCGGCUUCGGCAUCGACUGCGUGCACUGGUGCUUGCCAGGCCCCAUCGACGCUUGGAGCGACUUGUUGCUGCAUUUGAUCGCUAAUUGA